GACGAUAGCCCCGUGAGGUGAUUCAACAUGCCGCCGCAUGUGACCGCAACGGGAUAUUGGGUGAAGGGUGCUACGCAAGACCUUUCGACGCGGAAGAAGCAACCGCCCAGUUAUUGCAACGGGGCUAUCAUCGUCGGCGCAGGUCCAUCAGGACUCGCGACAGCAGCGUGCCUCAAGAAGCUAGGCGUCCACGUCUUGAUUCUGGAGAAAUCGUCUUGCAUCGCCUCGCUGUGGCAGACCAAGACCUACGACAGGCUGCACCUUCAUCUCCCGAAGCAGUUUUGCGAGCUCCCGCACUCCCCUUUCCCAGUGGACUUCCCCACUUACCCCACCCGCCACCAGUUCGUGGAGUAUCUUCAGGAGUAUGCCGCCCGCUUCAAACUACAGCCGUUGUUCAACCACUCGGUGGAUCUCGCGAACUUCGAUUCUCGCUCCGGCCUGUGGCAUGUCCACGUGACUUGCGCCGGUGGGAAGGGCGACCCCGACCGGGAGUUUCGAGCUCGGUGGCUGGUGGUUGCGUCGGGGGAGAACGCCGAGCCGGUCAUCCCCUCCUUCAAGGGCUCAAAAGAGUUUCGCGGCGGGAGCAAGAUCUUCCACUCCAGCCGCUAUCGGAAUGGGACGGAGUACGAAGGGAAGAAGGUACUCGUGGUCGGGUGCGGCAACACGGGCAUGGAGAUUGCUCUCGACUUGGCCAAUUUCGGCGCUUACCCCUCCAUCGUCGUCCGCAGUCCGACUCACAUCCUGCCCAGGGAGAUGAUGUUUAAAUCCACGUUUCUGGUGGCGAUGAAGCUGAUGGAGAAACUACCGGUCUGGUUAGUGGACUGGCUCCUUCUGGCUUAUGCGUACUCGGCCCUCGGCAACACAGCCAAGUUCGGCAUUCAUCGCCCGAGCGAGGGCCCGAUGGUGCUCAAGGAGAAGCACGGCAAGACCCCCAUUCUGGAUGUGGGCACUUUAAAGUUGAUCAAGAGCGGCCAAGUUAAGGUGCUACCCGCCGUAGAGCGCCUGACUCCCACUGGGGCCCUAUUCGAGGACGGUCGACUGGAGGAAUUCGAUGCCGUGAUCCUGGCGACGGGGUACAAGAGCAAUGUCCCUAGCUGGCUCAAGGAUGACAGUAAGUUUUUCUCAGACGAGGGAUUUCCACGCCAGCCCUUCCCUCACGGAUGGAAAGGCGAGAACGGACUUUACGUGGCAGGGCUCGGCAGGAAAGGGCUCUUGGGAGCUUCCAAAGACGCGACACGCAUUGCGAAGGACAUAUAUGACGGAUCGCUCACCGAAAUCACAAGCUUGAGACUGGUGCCAUGCCAGUUGAAUCAAAGGAUCUGAUUUUGAAGGAGAUCCUGAACAGUUAGAGAGAGAGAGAGAGAGAGAGAGAGAGAGCUAGCGAGUUCACCGUUUCGAACACUGCAACUCCAGUUUUGUAAUUUUGAGAGUGGGGUGAUCCCGAGGGAGAACCCAUCGUUGUACACGGCAAAUUGUGACUAGGAUUGGAAGGACCAUACCUCCUGUUUAGAUUGCGGAGUUGAGGGGAGGGAUAUAUAUAUAUAUAUAUAUAUAUUUAUGAUCAUUCAGAAGACGAUCGGUUCCAGCUGGUGAUGGAGGAUGUAAAACCCGGGAGUGACUGAGCCUCGAGUGGGGCUGCUGCAAAGAGACCGUCGGCCACACCCCGAACACUGUAUCAUAAAUUCUACCACAUUUUUUCACUGACUGUGGGCAACUACAUCAAACUGUGCGAAAUUCCCUUUGAGCAGCGGAAACAAUCCUCCCGCCUCUCUCCUCUGAUUUCAACUACAACAUAUAUUUCCAUCUGCUUUCAUGUCAA